CGCGAUAGUAGUGCAAUGCGGACACUCUUUCGUCUCGAACGAAUGUGAUCAUUCCCACCAGGCUAAACCGGGCAUAGACAAGCGUCUCGUCAUCACCACCAAGGUUAACGCCGAGUCUGAUAAAAACAUGUUCGAAUCCGCUGGAUCCAUUGUUGAGAAAAUUUUGCGUGAAGAAGCAGAUGACCGCCUUCCCGAAGCGUCCAGGCCUGAUUAUACCAACCUCUUAAGGAAUUGCAACAGGCGACGCCAACGCCAACGCCCCAAAGAUCCCACAGACAUGGACUUUGAGCUCGACAUGGCGUUCAUCAACGAGAAGAUCUCAUCGUCUUUCUUCCGGGCCGAGGUCCGCAACGGCGAAAGACGACAUCUUAUAUUCGCCACAGACCAGCAACUUCAACUGUUGAAGAAAGCAAAGACCUGGUAUAUUGACGGGACAUUUAAGGUGGUCCGGCAACCCUUUUACCAGUUGCUUUCCAUUCAUUCUUUCGUAAGGUCCGGUGAGGACAUAAAGCAACUUCCGUUACUGUUUGCGGUGAUGUCCGGAAAAACCAGUGAUGACUACACACAGGUUUUCAAAGGCGUCAUGGACAUCCUCCAUAACGAAACUCGAGUGAAAGAAUUCAUGGUCGAUUUUGAAGCCGGGAUGUGGCAGGGCCUCCGGGAAGUUUUCGUCGACCCAACAAUUAAAGGAUGUGCCUUUCACUGGAACCAGGCCGUAUGGCGGCACGUUCAAAGCCUCGGUCUCCAGAGCGCCUACAGUCAACGCGACACUGUAUUCACCUUUGUCCGCAAGGUCAUGUCUAUACCGUUCCUGCCAGCGGAACAUGUGGAACCAGCGAUUAUGAGACUGAAAGAAAAAACAACAGACGAACGCCUGGCAGACCUGUUAGAGUAUGUGGACAGGACAUGGCUUAAAUCUUCGGUGUGGGGCCCUGAAAAUUGGAGCGUGUUUGGUCGGAGUGUCCGAACAAAUAACGACUGUGAAGGGUGGCACUUGAAACUAAAUCAGCACGCCAAGAAAGCCAAUUUGCCUUUCUACCUACUACUGACCCUUCUUUGUGAAGCGGCUUCCCUUCUCCCAACACAGGUGAAGAUGGUAUCCGAAGGAAAGCUAUCCAGGCGACAACGAAGGAAGAACACGUCUCUCCAGGGAAAAAUCUUCAAGCUGUGGGAAGCGUACGAGAGCGGAGAAUUGUCAGUCAACGGCCUACUGAGGAAAUGCAGUGGCAUUUAUGGACCAAAUGCAUGAACGUUGCUCAUUUGAUGUCUUUCUGAUUGUUGGAAAUGUUUCAACCCUUGUUUUUGAAAAGCUUGUUUGUGUGUGAACGUUACUGUGUGUUUGUAAUGUUUUACCAUUAUUAUAUUUUUUAAAUGUUUGAUAAUAUUCAUCAUUUACGGACCAAAUGCCUGCCUGAAAGUUGCUAGAUUGAAUUGAAAUAAAUUA